UAUAUCGAUCGGAUUGUAAUCAGUUCGAAAUCGUUUCCCAUGAAAUACUGGGAUAAAUUUGUUCGCCGAAAAACGAAACAAAAGUUCCGCGACCAAGUGGAUGAGGAAACUCUAAUUCUUGUUUUGGGUGAAGAUAGGCCAGCUACUGAUACCACCUUUGACUACAGAUACACCUGUUGGCUCUGGCUUGGAGUCAUUCUGACCAAUGGUCAGUUUCUGUAUCGAGUGCAUUACUUGUUAUGCUCAGCAUGUGGUGUCUUUGUGUCACCAUUUUUCUAUGCCUUCCACUUGGUUGACGUCGUUCUAUCGUUUCCUAUGUUAAAAGCUAUUUUACAAUCUGUUACACACAACUUGCAACAGGUAAACUAUUGGUGA